GUCCCUGUAUGCACUAGCUCGCCCUCGCUUGUCUCUGAGAAGUGCCGCUUGUGGCCUGUCGUGUUGGCAACAAGAAAGAUAUUCAGCUCUUGUCUUGAAGCCAGCAGCAGCUGCUCUAACGUGACUGCAGUUGGCAGGCACUUGUGAGCUCGCCAUUGAAAGCUGAUGUGAUGCAGAGAUGUGGAUGAAUAGACCGAGGAGCUUGAGUAUGCAAAUGGUUAUUACGAGAGCAUCUGUUCGCUGCUACAUGGACGGCAUAUGGAUCUCGGGCUACUCUCAAUCGGAGUAGGUGAACAUGGGUCCCACAGCAGAGUGCUUGCUCUUCUCCGAUUCUCCAGAACGCUAGCACACCCAAAUUCUGACUGGACCUCGGUGCAAUUGAGGGAGUGACCGACCACUGCGAUGCAACUGGCUGGAUCGACAGGCAGUGCUCGUUUCGUCAUCUCAUGCUCAUCCGAUUUCUUACAGUCGUGCAGCAGUUUAAAGCCCUCAUGAACCGUGAUUCUCGUUGGACUCCCCCCGACGCGAGUCGCCGCGUUCUUCUCUUCACGAAUUUCGUCCGUUCUAAAUUCAUCUGUUGCUCGUGUGCCAUCGCGAGGACGCGUACACUUUACACGUCUGCUCCUCCUUCGACAGAGCUUUCCUGCCCUUUUCCCACCUGAAUUCCAAUUUCGCUCUCGUUUCCGUCUUCCAUCCGAUUGUCGACUAGAGGCGAGGCUCUUCAGGGGACGCAGCAGAGCGCAGCGAUGGCCACCACGGGCGGGAUCGCGAGGCGAGUCUUGCGACGAGCUGGCCAGAGUCUGCAGCAGCGCGGGCGUCCUCAUUCGACGCUCACGGCUCAGUCCAUCAGUCAGGGACAGAAUCGCGUCGUCGAUGCUUCUCUAACGCUCGUCCGUGAGCGGGCGCGCCUCAGGGGAGAGCAAGUUCGAGCAAUCGGUGGUGCAGUGGCGACGUCAUGUCUGCUUGGAGUACCUUUGGGCCACAAUUCGUCUUUUCUCCAGGGUCCCGCGUUCUCUCCUCCUCGCAUCAGAGAAGCAAUAUGGUGUGGCAGCACCAAUUCCACGACAGAAUCGGGCAAAGACCUCGAAGAUGUUCGUGUUAUGACAGAUGCAGGAGACCUUCCGGUUCAAGAAAUGCGCGACUGCGGAGUCGGUGAUGAACGCUUGAUGAACACCAUAUCCGAGGCUGUGAAAAUAGUGAUGAACGAGCAUCCACUGCGUCCGCUUGUUUUGGGCGGUGAUCAUUCCAUAUCAUACCCAGUAGUGCGAGCUGUUUCUGAACAACUCGGGGGUCAGGUGGACAUCCUCCACUUGGAUGCGCAUCCCGACAUCUAUCAUGCGUUUGAAGGGAACAUAUAUUCUCAUGCCUCUGGAUUUGCUCGCAUCAUGGAGGGUGGCUAUGCAAGACGACUCCUUCAGGUGGGGAUUCGCUCAAUUAACAAAGAAGGCAGAGAGCAGGGGAAGAAAUUCGGGGUGGAGCAAUACGAGAUGCGCAAUUACAGUGAGGACAGAAAGUUUUUGGAAAACCUGAAACUGGGUGAAGGAGUCAAAGGUGUAUAUGUAUCGAUAGAUGUGGAUUGUCUCGACCCAGCUUUCGCUCCUGGGGUUUCCCACAUUGAACCGGGAGGCCUCAGCUUCCGAGAUGUGAUGAACAUCGUCCAAAACCUGCAGGGUGAUAUUGUUGGAGGGGACGUCGUAGAGUUUAACCCUCAACGGGAUACAGUGGACGGAAUGACAGCAAUGGUAGCUGCAAAACUCGUGAGGGAACUUGCAGCAAAAAUGUCCAGAUGAUUUGAUAGCAAAGGUCAGGUCCAAAUUUGGGAAUCAACGGUAGGACAUAGUUGUGAGCAACUUGUACAUGUGGUCAUUGACCAAUUUUCAUCGCUCACUUUGUACACACAUUUGUCGAUUAAAAGGAAGGAGAUCGAGUAAUGUGCUCCAUUUUGUGAUGAUCAAGUUCAAGAAUCAAGGGUGGUGCCGUUUCUCCAACGCUGCUGAGGAGAGACACAAAGAUAGACCUAUCAUCUGCUUCAUGCUUAAAAUUUUGUAUCAUUGUAUCGAUAUGCCAUGUCAGUGGCUCACUGAUAGCUAGCUUGGAAGCCAUUAGUAUAUCCUUGUAGAAAGUCAAGUGAACUCAUCGUAACACAUUCAAUUAGUCGUCUCUGACAAGAGUACAUAGAGCUGAUUGGGAAGACAGAUAAAUCAGUUAUAUGACUAUAGAGAUGAAUCUGCUGAGAAAAAUUUGUAGCAGAUUGAUUCUCCGGUAGAAUCGAUUAACAUGCAAGCUGCAGUUUGUUGACUAAUGACA